ACCCUGGGAAAGUGGCGGUCUGGAGUCUAGGAAACGGGGCGUGGCGGGGCCGGAAGGUGGCGGGAGGGGGCCGAGCCGGAGCGGGCGGGAGGGCCAGGCCUGGAGGCCCACAUCCUGGCUUCUCCGCCCCCGCCGCGGCUGAGGAGGAAGAGGAGGAUGACCUCCAGAUACACUAGGAAGGCGGUGCCACAGAACUUGGAGUUGAAAGGAAUAACAAAACAUGCUCUUAAUCAUCAUCCUCUUCCUGAGCAACUGGAUGAAAUUUCCUCUACCAAUGACAGCCAUGAAAAAGACAUAAGUUCCCAAAGUGAAUCUGACAUCACACAAGAAUCACCUUUUACAUCAGCUGACACUGGAAACUCAAGGUCUGCUUUUCCAAGUUAUACAAGCACAGGGAUCUCUACUGAAGGCAGCUCGGACUUCUCCUGGGGAUAUGGUGAACUUGAUCAAAAUGCCACUGAAAAAGUCCAGGCAAUGUUCACAGCCAUUGACGAGCUCUUGUAUGAGCAGAAGUUGAGUGUACAUACUAAAAGUCUACAAGAAGAGUGCCAACAGUGGACACGUAGCUUUCCUCAUCUCAGGAUUCUGGGUCGGCAGAUAAUCACUCCAAGUGAAGGUUAUGGACUGUACCCUAGAUCCCCUUCUGCUGUUUCAGCUUCACAUGAGGCAACACUGUCUCAAGAAAGAGAUUCUACUAUAUUUGGCAUUAGGGGAAAGAAGUUACAUUUUUCAUCUUCAUAUGGUCCUAAAGCAUCUUCCGUUGCCAAAUCCCCUUGCUUGUGUUCUAUGGAAAGAGAAGAAGACUGUAUAAUAUUUUCUGAGGGAAUAAUAGAGGAAUACCUAGCAUUUGACCACACAGAUAUGGAAGAGGAGUUCCAUGGAAAGAAAUCAGAAGCAGCUACAGAGAAACAGAAAUUAGGGUAUCCACCCAUUGCUCCAUUUUACUGCAUGAAAGAGGAUGUCCUUGCUUAUGUGUUUGAUGACGUGUGGAGCAAGGUCCUAAGCUGUAUGGAGCAGCUGACACGUACUCACUGGGAGGGAUUUGCUUCUGAUGAUGAGAGUAAUGUUGCAAUCACCAGACCAGCUUCACAAAGCCCCUGUGUGCUGAGUGAACUACAACCUUUGGUCUUACCUCGAGUGCCACAGUCUAAGGUGCUGUCUAUCACCUCAAAUCCGAUGAGUCUCUGUCAAGCAGCAAGUGGUCAUCAGCCAAAUGUGAAUGGUCUCUUGGUUCAUGGGAUGCCUCUACAGCCAAGAAAUCUCUCUCUAAUGGACAAGCUCCUAGAUCUUGAUGACAAGCUACUUAUGAGACCUGGGUCCAGUACCAUCUUUUCAACUCGAAAUUGGCCAAAUCGAGCCCUGAAGCUUAGUACAUCAUUUCUGUCAUAUACAGUGCAGUCCGCCAGGAGACGCAACCCCCCACCACGUACCCUUCAUCCCAUCAGCACAAGCCAUUCACGCGCUGGAACACCAAGACUUAUGGACGAAAUACGCAGAGGAUCCCAAGUCCCUGUGGCGGCCGACUCGCUCUCCUCUCCCUCACCACUGCUGCUGAGUCGAAAUAAUCUGCUGCCACCUAUUGGCACAGCUGAAGCAGAACACUUGAGCACGGUGGGGCCACAAAGGCAAACGAAAACCCAUAGCGAUUCCAGUCGAGCUCGAAGUGCAGUGGUGGAUGAGCCUAACCAUCAGCAGCCCCAGGAGAGGCUCCUGUUACCUGACUUUUUCUCCAGGCCCAAUACAACUCAGUCAUUUUUGCCAGAUACGCAGUAUCGUCGUUCGUGUGCUGCUGAGUAUCCUCACCAGGCCCAACCUGGUAGGGGAUCUGCAGGGACAGGUCCUCAGUUACAUGGAUCUACAAAAUCUCAAAACAGAAGUGGACCAACCUCUAGAACCAGGCAGGGACAAUAGCAUGAAUGAGAACUUGCUUCGGGCUGCAGGGAACACAUGGGAAGAUUUCCAAAUCAAUGUUCAGUCAUCUCAUGAUGCAGACCUUGUAUAUAAGAGACAACCUGAAACCAUCUUUGUGAGUUAUUUUGAUACCACAGACUGAAAACAGUAUCAGCCAAAGAUUAUAUGGGUACUGUUUCUAUCUCCAAUUACUGUCUUCUGUUCAGCAUAAGUUAAUCAUUUCACUGGACAGUCAAGUUUGUAGCCAAAGAUGUAACAAAUGAAUAAUUUCCUCCAAACCACUGCUCAUGUUGUCUGUUAACAAGGAUCAGUUCAAUUACUACCGCAUUCUAUCAGACUGCUCCUGCUGUUGCUAAGUCGCUUCAGUCGUGUCCGACUCUGUGCAACCCCAUAGAGGGCAGACCACCAGGCUCCGCCAUCCCUGGGAUUCUCCAGGCAAGAGUACUGGAGUGGGUUGCCAUUUCCUUCUCCAUUCUAUCAGACUACAUGUACACAAAAGGUAGCGAAUUGUUUGAAAACAUUAUUACUGGCUUUGGAAUACUUCUGCUUGUGUUAAUUUCUGGAGAGGUGUACUCACUUUUAAGUCAUUUUUAGGAGACAGUUCUGAAAAAAAUCACACCAAACAGAUGUGAUUCCUAAAGUUUUCUCUUAGAUGUCCAAAUCCAUAGGCAGAUAUAUAUAUGGCAGGGAUGAAUAACUAAAGACAUAAAUGUUGAGCACUGGUAUAAAGUAAUACAUGUAAUAAAUAAUGGAUUUUUUCUUCCCCCAGGUAGGACAAUUAAGCCUUACAACAGCUGCCUGACAUCAGGUUAUACUUGUUUUCUUCUCAAAGUACUUUAGUGGUCAUUCCCCCCCCCCCCCCGCCCCCCGCCACGCCCAAAUAUCACACCUGCCUUGCCAGAUUGUCUCCUGCAGGUCUAUUAGAAAAGCGAUUUAAAAAUUUAUAGAAUCUUUCUAUUAGUGAGCCAGCAAGACACAACUUCUUAAAAUUCCCGAAACCCUGCAGUUCUGUCUAGUAUAAACAUAUGCUAAGAGCAAAGGAAGAGAACUUUGACAUUCUUCUGAUUUUCACAUGGACCUUUCCCGAGUGCACUCAUGAAUGCAUCAAUGGUUUUAACUAUGGCUUAAACUUGUUUAAAUUUCAUUGAAUUAUUCUGAUGAUCAUACUGGUUUUAGAUCUUCUAUUAAUCUUCAGAGUUGAUAAUUCAAAUGAUCAUAACUUGGGAUAAUUUUAUUGUUUCAAAGUGUUCUAAUACUAUCACAUGAAGACAGAUACAGCAAACAACCUGCAUUAAACUGUAUUUUUAAUACAAUUAAAAGAGUAUUUUUUAACCUAUUUGUAAUCACAAACUGAAAACGUGUCUUAUACUUACCUCAGAUAAAUUAUGUACAUGAA